GGUUGCAGGAGGGGAGGCUAAAACAGUCAAGAAAGACACGGAUCAGGUUGUCAUUUAGCUUAGACUUAGUCCGUAGCUUCCACUGUAUUUGUCUAAUCUUUUUUUCGUGUCAUGUCGUCUUGUACGGUUGUUUUCACGCUGCUGUGUUCGGCCGUGCUCUCUGGGAGUUCCGCGCGCAGGUCCUCGCCGGAUCAGGAGGAUGUUCAGGGGAAGAUCGACAGCGCGAGGUGCACUUCCAGGUGCCUGACUCUGCACAUGACACAGCUGACGGCUGCCUUUAAGCACAUCCAGAGUGAUGGAGUGCUGGGUUGGUGUGAGAACCACAGGCGCUGCUCACAGUGUCUUCAGCCCUGUAAGGACUAUUGGCAGACUAAAAAGCUGCUUCCACCAAAGUCUUGCGAGAAGCAGACAGAGUGUGUGACCAGCAGGGAGUUCCUUGAGUCUCUCAGGUCCUCUCGUCAGGGGGACUGCCCCUCAGCCCAGAAAGCAACGGGAUUCGCUGCCGCUUGUGUAGAGAGCUGCUCGGUAGACAGGCAUUGUCCCGCCCCCAGGAAGUGCUGCUCCAAUGGCUGUGGCCACACUUGUCAAUCACCAGCCAAUCUUUAUAAAGGAGUCCCGCUGAAACCCCGCAGAGAGAUGAGCUUCCUGGAGGACGGCCAAGGGCACGCCAGGGUCGCCUGGGUGUCAAAGUUCAACGUGAGCGUGGAGCCCGUGGUGUACGUGCUCCAGUCCCGCUGGAAUACGGGGAUACACCCCAGCGAAGACCACGCAUCUCCGUGGAACACCGUUGCUAUGAGCUUGUCAGAGCGCGUGGUUGUGCCGGAGGUCCGGUCCCAGCGCUGGUACCAGUUCAGGGUGGCUGCCAUCAACAGCCAGGGGAGCAGAGGGUUUACCACACCCAGUAAACACUACAUCUCCAGCAGAGAUCCUUCCCCCCCUGAAGCUCCUAUAAACAUUAGAGUCACCAAUCAGACGCUCUUCUUGGCCCCUCCCGGACUGGGACCUCAUUUGAGAGCAAGAUCCGGAGGCCAGGCUCCCGCGGUGGGGGUGCUGGUCCGCUGGGAGCCCCCAAGAGAGGGAGACCUGCCGGUGCACCACUACAGAGUCACCUGGACGCCCCCCCGACACAAGCCGGCGCUGCAGGGCCUGGCGCCCCCCGCCUCGCAUGCCCGUGGGCCGGCGGCGCACCGACACAAGGCCCACACGGGCAAGCAGGACCAGAAGGAGAGCACCAGCCAAGUGACGCCGGGGGCCCAGUGUGAGCUCUGGCUGCAGGGUCUGAGUCCUGCUACGUCUUACUCCCUGUUUGUCCAAACCGUCAACUACUGGGGCCAAAAGAGACUGAAAAGUCCUAGGUCCCAAGUUACGUUUACCACUAUAAGUGGUUCAGAAUCCCCUUCGCCGGACUCUGCCAAAGACUUCUCCAACGAGCUCCCGUUUUCCUCCUCUUCCUCCUUCCACCCUCCUUCCUCCUCCUCCUCCUCCUCCUCCUCCGCUGACCCACCCGUCUCCUCCACCCCAGCCGUCGCCCCCGGCGACCUGCGUCUGGAGGCCGCUGCCCCUCACUUCCACAACAGCCAGCUGCAGGUCAAGGUGUUCUGGAAGUGGCUUCACCCAGGCAGACACAGACACUCCGGCCCAUAUGUGCUGCGGUGGAGUCCACAUGCCUGUGGUACUAAUGUUACCAGCACUGAGAAAACAGCCAGUGUACAGGGCACCCAUCACACCAUCACUGGCCUGCUGUUCUCCUGUAAGUACCAGGUUACCGUGACAACAGAGGAGGUCCUGGGGUCCGAGGCUGUUGCUUGGGUAACGACCCCGGUUUGCUCCUCUCUCAAGGUCAGGGGAGGUCAAACCUCACCCUGUGGCGCAGACGAGCGCCCCCUGGCCAGCCGGAAGGUAGUACUGCGCCCAGAACGGCUUAACGCUGAUUUCCAACAACUGAACAGGACCAUUCUCGCCACGUUCCGUUGGAGGCUUUCCCAGAAUGCAGUGGAUCAUGCAGCAAUCAAGGGGUUUCAAUUCACGUGGAAGCAGCUGACCCCACCCUCAGGCGUUUACAUGGCAACCGGUCUGGAAGAGACACUCAUUUCACAGUCCCAGACAGUGGCUCCGUCCCAGCGGUCAGUGACGGUGAACAACCUCCAGGCAAACACUUUUUAUCAGCUGCAGCUCCAAAUUAUGACAGCAGAGGGGGUCAACAGCGCAUCAAUCUCCAAGACCAUACACACACCGGCUAUCAAUGAAACACUACUAUAGGAAUUGUUCCAAACGUAUACCCGUCUUUGUCCACUACAUUACUCAAGUCUCUCUCUCUCUCUCUCUCUCUCUCUCUCUCUCUCU